UUUAUAAGAAUGUUAAUUACACGAUUCUAGUAUUUCUGUAUUGAAAUGGUCAGCAUGCGUAUUCUUAGCACAUUUGCAGUAAUAUCGGCAUUUCUGUUUUUAGAUUGUGAAGUUGAAAGCUGUCAAACUACCAUAUCAGACUCCAACAGAAGAGAUUGCUCUCCGUGGAGCGGGACUAACCAAGCAUCAUGUGAGGCCAGGGGCUGUAUAUGGUGCCCGCAUGAAACAUCUGGCAUACCAUGGUGUUUUUUCAACGACCACGUCUGCCCCUCUUUGAUAGCAGAUGGCGAGAAGGUAGACUGUCACCCAGAAUCAGGUGCAUCACGGGAGUCUUGUAACAACAGAGGCUGCAUCUGGUGUGAGACUUCAACCCCCAACACUCCAUAUUGCUUCUCAGAUCCCACCGUCUCGCAGGGUGGAGCCAACUGUCCCUCAGACAUCUCGGAUCACGAGAGGAUUGAUUGUCAUCCUGACUCAGGGUCCACAGAGGACAGUUGCAUCAAAAGAGGCUGUCAUUGGUGUACAUCAAGUAUUCAGGACGUCCCAUGGUGUUUCGCUCCAAAGACUACAGGGUAUACGCUAGUUGGAGAUGUGACUCAGACUGCUAAGGGUUACACAGCUACGCUGGACAGGAAACCUACCUCAUCUUGGUAUGGACAUGACAUAGCGAGGAUCCAGAUGGACGUGGAGUUCCAAACAAACAGCAGACUAAGAAUAAAAAUCUUUGAUCCAAGUGUGGCAAGGUUUGAAGUUCCGCUAAAUAUCUCAUCUACUUCAGCAGCAUUGGAUCCUCUUUACUCUGUGGAGUUUAGCAACUCUCCAGCAUUCAACAUAAAAGUCAAGAGAGCCUCUAAUGGGGCGACUCUAUUCGACACAUCACUUGGUGGUCUGGUAUUCUCGGAACAAUUUUUACAGUUUGCCACAAAACUGAACUCUCAUAAUGUGUAUGGUUUUGGCGAACAUGAACACCACAGCCUAAAGCAUGAUAUGAACUGGAAGAGUUGGGGCAUGUACGCAAGGGACCAACCUGUUACGCAUGGAGCAAACUUAUAUGGUGUACAUCCUUUCUACAUGAAUGUUGAAACAAGCAAUCUCGCACAUGGCGUUUUAGUGCUAAAUAGCAAUGCUCAAGAUGUCACGCUCAGCCCUCUCCCCUCUCUAAAGUACAGAACCAUAGGAGGAAUACUAGACAUCUACAUGUUCUUGGGCCCGUCUCCUGAGAAUGUUGUCCAACAAUAUACCCAGGCGAUUGGGAGGCCAGUGAUGCCGCCAUAUUGGGCCUUGGGCUUCCAUUUGUCACGAUAUGGAUACAACGACAUUCAAACACUCAAGGACACUGUAAACAGGAUGAGAGCCUUUAACAUUCCACAUGAUGUACAACAUGGCGACAUUGAUAUGAUGGACAGGCGGUUGGACUUUACUUAUGACCCAGUCAAUUUCACAGGUCUUCCGCAAUAUGUUAGAGAUUUGAAAAAUGAAGGCACACGAUGGAUAAGUAUCCAGGAUCCCUGCAUAAGUAUAGGAGAACCAGCAGGAACUUACAGACCAUUUGACCUUGGACAGAGCAUGGACGUUUGGGUGAAAGAGUCUGAUGGUGUCACAAACGCAGAAGGAAGGGUUUGGCCCGACGCUAAUGUAUAUUUUCCCGACUACUCAAGUACGUCCUGUCAGUCAUGGUGGAAACAAAUGUCCAUUGAGUUCCAUUCUACCAUUGAGUACGACGGCAUGUGGAUAGAUAUGAACGAGCCAGCCAGUUUUGUGACAGGAUCUGUGAAAGGAUGCUACUACAACCAGUGGAACAAUCCCCUCUACAAGCCAAGAGUAUAUGGAGAUGUUCUGGCUGAUAAGACACUCUGUGGCGACUAUCUACAAAGCUUUGGCAGCCAUUAUAACACACACAACUUGUUUGGCUGGAGCCAGUCCCCUGUCACUCAAGAGGCAGUCCAAGAAGUUACUGGUAAACGAAGUAUUGUACUGAGUAGGUCGACAUUCCCUGGCUCAGGAUCGACAUCAGUCCAUUGGUUGGGUGACAACCACAGUCUUUGGUCAAAUCUGCACUACUCUAUCAUUGGCUCCUUAGAAUUCAAUCUAUUUGGUAUACCAUUCGUUGGUCCAGAUAUCUGUGGAUUUGGCGGGCAUACCACAGAAGAGAUGUGCCAAAGGUGGAUGCAGCUUGGUGCGUUCUACCCCUUCUCUAGGAACCACAAUGGAUUGGGUUGGAGGGAACAAGAUCCUGGUAUUCUGGGUGCAGAGGUCGCAAGAGUUAGUAGAGAGUCCUUAGAGAUCCGUUACACCAUUCUUCCUUACAUGUACACGUUGUUCCACCACGCACAUAUAGAUGGCAGCACCGUCAUGAGACCACUAUUCCACGAGUUUGUGACUGACACAGCUACACACGCGAUAGAUAGACAAUUCUUACUAGGCCCUGCCUUCUUGGUGUCAGCUGUUUUAAAUGAGGGCAAGACAUCUGUUUCUGCAUAUAUCCCAGACGCUAGAUGGUACGAUUGGUAUACGGGUGCUGAAGUGUCAAAUUCACUCCGGAAAUCCUGGACUACUCUCCCUGCCCCUCUUGAUUUCAUACCUCUCCAUGUAAGAGGUGGAUAUAUAUUACCUACCCAACAACCCGCUAACUCUACUAUGUUUAGUCGUCUGAAUAAUCUUGGACUGAUCGUUGCCUUAGAUGACAACGAGGAAGCAAGUGGAGAUCUCUUUUGGGAUGAAGGUGACACGAAAGAUUCCUUUGAAAAUGGGGAGUUUGAUACAGUCGAGUAUACUGCUGUACCGGGCAUUCUUACCGGUAUUACAUCUAACUUGGGAUAUGCUGGCUUAUUUGGGAUGGAAUACGAGACUGUGCGAGUGAUGGGGCUGGCUCAUUACUUGGAUAUAACUGAUGUUCGGGUGAACAACCAGCAACACAAUUUGUUUACAUUUACAAGUUCUACCGGGGUACUAGACAUCGUUAACCUCACCCUACCAGCACACGAAGAUUUUUCAAUUACAUGGACAGCUCUAUAAUAAAAGAUGAAUAAAUGUUAUUAUAAAU